GCGUAGCCCGCGCAGCCCUCACUCGCCGCUGCGCCUCGGAGUUUGAGCCCCGCGCAGCCGGAGCGCAGGCACGCCCGGGGCGCGGGGUCGGAGCGCGCAGCGCGGCGCCGCCCCCCGGCCCUCGGCCCCCCAGCCCCUGGAGCCCCCGGAGCCGCGCGCCGAGGGAGGAGGGCGGGAGGGCGCGGCGGGCCGGGCCGGCGGGCGGCGGACUAUGAGGCGCCCACCAUGGUGCGAUGCGACCGCGGGCUGCAGAUGCUGCUGACCACGGCCGGAGCCUUCGCCGCCUUCUCGCUCAUGGCCAUCGCCAUCGGCACCGACUACUGGCUGUACUCCAGCGCGCACAUCUGCAACGGCACCAACCUGACCAUGGACGACGGGCCCCCGCCCCGCCGCGCGCGCGGCGACCUCACCCAUUCGGGACUGUGGCGGGUGUGUUGCAUCGAAGGCAUCUAUAGAGGGCACUGCUUCCGGAUCAACCACUUCCCAGAGGACAAUGAUUAUGACCAUGACAGCUCCGAGUACCUCCUCCGCAUUGUGCGAGCUUCCAGUGUCUUUCCCAUCCUCAGCACCAUCCUGCUCCUGCUUGGAGGGCUCUGCAUCGGCGCUGGGAGGAUCUACAGCCGCAAGAACAAUAUUGUCCUCAGCGCAGGAAUCCUCUUUGUGGCCGCAGGCCUCAGUAAUAUCAUCGGCAUCAUCGUCUACAUUUCCAGCAACACGGGCGACCCCAGUGACAAACGUGACGAAGACAAAAAGAACCAUUACAACUAUGGCUGGUCUUUUUACUUUGGAGCCCUGUCGUUUAUUGUGGCGGAGACCGUGGGCGUCCUGGCUGUAAACAUUUACAUUGAGAAAAAUAAAGAGUUGAGGUUUAAGACCAAACGGGAGUUCCUCAAGGCCUCUUCCUCCUCUCCUUACGCCAGGAUGCCGAGCUACCGGUACCGGCGACGGCGGUCCAGGUCCAGUUCAAGGUCCACCGAGGCCUCGCCCUCCAGGGAUGCAUCUCCUGUGGGCCUGAAGAUCACCGGAGCCAUUCCCAUGGGUGAGCUGUCCAUGUACACGCUAUCCAGAGAACCCCUCAAGGUGACCACAGCUGCGAGCUACAGUCCGGACCAGGAUGCUGGCUUCCUGCAGAUGCAUGACUUCUUCCAACAGGACCUAAAAGAGGGUUUCCACGUCAGCAUGCUGAACCGGCGGACAACUCCCGUGUGACCUACCUACCCCUCUCAGCACAGGCCUCCCCCAAGGUGGCUGUUUGUGUGACACAGAACAGGGUGACCCUUAAGAUUAUAGACAGUGAACUGGAGCUGAGUGCAAUCCUCCCUGGCUUCCAGAAGAUGCCAUGGGCUAGCUCAGAGUGAGGGAAGGUGGGAGAUCGGAAUCAGGGAUAAGGUAGAAAUGGAAGGCUGACUUUCUCCCAAGACAGGCUGUUUUGCUGCCCUCUGGGUUUUGGAACUUCUCAAGAGGCCCAAGAAUUUUCCAGAAGCUGCAUCAGCUUGCCUCUUGGGAACCAAGAAAUCAGUCAUGCCAGAUGUCAAACACAUCCCCCCGUCACCGGGCGCUGGGCCACAGGAAGGCUUCUUCCAGCCACUGGGACCUCUGGGCUCCCAUCGGCUGUUUCUUGCCCAGAAGUUCCUGUGUCCUGGAGCCCAACAUGAGCCUAAGCUCAUUCCAUUCCCCUCUGUGUCUCCCUCAGCCUCUGUCUGGCACCCUGGUGGAGCUGAUGGUUGUAAAUAUCAUCCUUCCUGAUGGGAAAGCUCUACGGCUAACUGGUGCUUCAGCCUUGAGCUGUCCUGGAGCCGGCUUCUCUCCCCCUCAGGAGAUCAGGAUUCCAGGGCAAAUUCAGAGGCUCUGCUGGCUUUCCUACCUGCUUCUGGAAGUUUCUGCUGAGCUCAGAAUGUACAGGACAUACUGACUAAUCUUGGAGGUCUGGAGGAUUUCACAGAUCUGAUGGAAGGUGUGGAUGUGGCCUUUGGCUCUGUCCCUCCACACUGGCCUGAGGAACCACUCGGUCCCCUGAGCAUCAGAGGGCCCUGCUGGGGCACGGAGCCACACUCCCACCUCCAAACUGGUGUUCUGAAACAGACAUGCAAGCUUAAGUACAAGAAAGGGAAACCUGAGAGUUAGCAGAGACCAAAAAGAAGAAAGAAAGAGCAUCCAUUUUCCAAGUGGUUAUGAAUCGUGGCAUACUGAAGAACAUCCAUAGAAGAGCAAGGUGUACUCACCUCUUUAUCCUAAAGAAAAGCAACAACAUCUCCCCCCAACUCCUGCCAUUAUAAUUUAUUCUGUCCACACCAGGACUUGCUGAACAUUUGACUCAAGGGGCCAUGCUGGGCUUUCUAUCUUUGCCUGAAUGCAAGGAUGAGUUCUGUGUCCUCUACAGUUUGUCCAACCGAUCCCCCUCUUCCUCUUGAGGUGAACAAAAAAGAAAAUAUGAGUGUGUCCAGGUUAGAAAGAACUCUCCAGAAUGUGAAACUCGCCCUCUUUUCUAUAACACACGUGCUUUCUAAGGAUCAAUGGUUUCUUACUUUUUGAGACUUCUUAAUCCACUUUUGAACAGUCAUCUGUGACCCCGGUAACUGUCUCACUUAGAAGUGACAAGCCAAUUCUUACCUCAGUCACCUGCUCAUGGAG